CUCCCCUCUUUCCUCCGCUCCACUCCUCACUUUCCCUCCUCCUUCCCUCCUGUUCCUUGCUCCCUCCCCCUAUCCAGUUCUAUCCACCUGAAGGUUCUCUUCCCGCCGGAGGUGAAGCUGCAUGUUAAGCCUUCCCAGCUGAUCGAGGGAGACGACGCCACCUUCAUUUGCACAGCGGAUGCCAACCCCAGUGACAUCACGUACAGAUGGUAUCACAGAAGUGAAGAACUCAAGAACGAGACUUCCAGAACGCUCGUCUUACACAAGAUUCCCAGAAGCUUUCACCAAAAUGUUGUGUCAUGUGAGGUAAGCAACAAGGUGGGCACGUCCAAGAAGACCAUGAGCGUGCACGUGCAAUACGGCCCUAUGUUCCGAUCGCUGCCCAGGGAUGUGAUGGCAGAGAUGGGCAAGGAGGUGACCCUCAGGUGUGACGUGGAUUCCAAUCCCCAGGCCAGCAUCACGUGGGUGCAGGAGGGGUCCGAUAAGAUUAUCGGGUCUGGCGAGGAGCUGGUAGUGGUGGUGGGACCUUCUACUGCCGGCGAGUACACCUGCGUGGCCUCAGUCAGGGGCUUCCCGGAGCUGAGGGACAAACUGAGGGUGCUGGUGAAGGGCCCGCCAACCAUCGUGAGUUCGAGCGAGCAGCAGGGAAGGAUGGGGGACACUGUAAAUCUGGAAUGCAGCACAGUCUCCAUCCCGAGCCCCAUCAGGAUAACGUGGACGUACAGAGGCAGGGAUAUUGAUCUGAGCGACCCGCGGUACGAGGUGGUGCAAGACGAGCAGGAGGAAGGCCUGAGGAACAUCUUGGUAAUCCACGACGCUGAUACGCAUGACUUCGGGGCGUACAACUGCUCAGUGGUGAACGAGUACGGCGUGGCCAGGAAACAGAUCCUACUCAACGAAGAGAAGACGGUUCCUGUAGUGCUGCUGGUGAGCGGCGUGGUGGCAGUGGUGUUGGUGGCAGUAGUGGUCGCGUCUCUGAUCCUGUGUAACAAGAGGCACUCCAACAUCAAAGAGCGGACUCGUCGCUUUCGUGGCAGUGUUUAUGAUUACCUUGGUCGGCGGACUGUGAGGUUUAGCAAAGGGUCACCUGUACCAGAGAAGCCGCCGGCGGUGACAGUGGUACCGGGACCCCAGAUGGCCAACAUGUACUCGGCGCCUUCUGACACCAAGCUCUCGGAGGAGUUGUGUUCCAGUCCUGCCCUGUCCAGCCGCCCCUUGGAGGAGAUGAGCCCGUCGGAGGAGGCCAAGGUGAAGGCGGUGCAGGCACUCAACAGGCUCAGCGGGGACUCUGGCCACACCUUCAUCCCUGACCCGGACGGUGAAGGUGGUCGUGGUUACGUUCCCUUCGUCGACUACAGCGGGAGGGACUACGCGCCCAUUCCCAACGGGCGGCGAGCGUCCAUCAGCGACCUGGGUCACUACACCGCCACGCAUGCCGCCCACCAACACUCCCCGAGCACCGACUCCAAUUUCUGCACCAUCCGGAGGGGGACGCGGGCGGCAGACUUGGGCGGAGACACCAUACUGGGCCCUCUCUCCAAGUACCAUGAUGCCUCGGCGACCAUGAGACACAAUGGCAACGCCCACACCCUCGCUAGACAUUCGGCCUACACCCCCGCCCCUCGAAACCCUUCCUACGGCUCCCCUCCACCCCCGCCCUAUCCCAGAAACUCCAAGAUUGGGUCUCCGCGCGGCCCCAUCUCCCCCGCGGGACCCAAUGCCAUUCCCCCGCAGACCAGCAUCGCGCUAGGGCACCCUGAGGACCGCGGGUCACCAGAAGCCAAGUUUAUCUUCUCCCCUGAGGCCAUGAUGAAGCCCGGUACCCUCGUGUGACCCCAACCCUUGACCUCUCCUCCUCCGCCCCUCACUGGUGACCGUGCCCUCGCUUCCCUUCCUGCCUCGUGACCUCCUUCGUCUCCUCCACAAGGGACGUAAUUUUUUUUUUCUUGUUCCGAUACGGUGGAGUUGUUUUUCCUCCGUGCUGCAGUGUGUGUGUGUGUGUGUGUGUGUGUGUGAAUCCCAGCGCCCGCCUCGCCUCACCACCUGUUUACACAAUUACCUCAAAAUGCAGAGCGAACGAAUGAAAAGAGGUAGGGAAGGAAGGAGGAAAAACUUGCGACAAAGGUAAUAGGUCACGAUGAAGGAAGGAGGGAAGGAGGGAAGGAAGCAUUUUAUGCAUUUAUGGUCGAAACUAAAGAAAAUAGAUAUCCUAUACAACUCUCUCUCUCUCUCUCUCUCUCUCUCUCACCCCUUAGUUUUACUCUUCCGCCUCUCCAUAUCUUCCAAACGAAGCUCCGAGACAGGGUUCGUUUUCUUCGAGCCGCUUCCUGCGUAACAAUCGACCAAUUAAAGUGCUAAUGGGUUGUUUGGGCCAAGCCAAUUACCGUCUCGCCCCUCCACCCCCCUCACAGGCGCGUCACCUGCUGCGGAGAGCAUAUAAGGAGGAGGAGGAGGAGGAGGAGGAACUGAUGAGGAAUGGGAGAAAGCAAUGACGUUGGCGGUAAGGAGAAAAAAAAAUCACAAGUGGUUGUUGAAGGAAACGAGUGAAAAGAGGCAGGCGGAAAAGGAGGAGGAGGAGGAGGAGGAGGAGGAGGAGGAGGAGGAGGAGGAGGAGGAGGAGGAGGAGAGAAGAUAAGGACGGGGUGCAAAAGUUUUAUCAGUUAGUACUGCCCCCAACCUCUCUCUCUCUCUCUCUCUCUCUCUCUCUCUCUCUCUCUCUCUCUCUCUCUCUCUCUCUCUCUCCCUCUCCCCAUCACGACAAAUGAAACAGAUAAUCGAGUCAGUCUCUAGUCAGUCCCUCGAUUCGUGGAUUGUAUACCCGUAGCGUCCAAUCACGAGCCUAGAGAGGGCGUGGCAGCCAAUCCCGUGCGUCAGUCUACGUGACGUCACAAGGCAGACCCGCUAUUUGUGUGUACAUAGUAAUAAUUGACCUUGACUUCUCACAGCAUGACGGAAGGAUCAAGAAAAACAAGGUACCAUUAUUUUUACUUUGACUAUUAUGUACUGUAUUUGUGGGACUAUUUUGUUUAUUAUUAUGAUUAUGAUUAUUAUUAUUAUUAUUACUAUUAUUAUUAUUAUUAUUAUUAUUAUUAUUAUUAUUAUUAUUAUUAUUAUUAUUAUUAUUGUUAUUAUUAUUAUUAUUACUAUUAUUAUUAUUAUUAUUAUUAUUAUUAUUAUUAUUAUUAUUAUGGUUAUGAUUAAUUUAGGAGAUAAGGAAUGUUCAGUCUUGGUUAUCGUUGGUUAUUAUUAUUAUUAUUAUUAUUAUUAUUAUUAUUAUUAUUAUUAUUAUUAUUAUUGUUAUCAUUAUUAUUAUUAUAUUGUUACUGGUAUGAUAAUUACUGCUGUUGUUGUUAUCAUCAAUGUUUAUUCGCCUGCAUUUUACCGAUAACAGUUUUACAAGGCAUGAAAUUCUCAGCAUGUGUCAUCAACAAUGUAACAUUUCACUGAUGCAAUUUUUCGGUGGAUUUGGCAUGAUUACCACCGCGAUAAAACUGUAAUUUUUAUCAAAUCAUAUAAAUCCGUAAAUUCUAAAAAAAAAAUUAUAAAAGUUAAAAAAAUGAAGUGGACCAGACAACUGGUUUUACACACACACACACACACACACACACACACACACACACACACACACACACACACACACACAGACAGAGUCGCAUUUCAGCCAAGUUUUCUCAAAUACUACCACCUCAACCCCUCUUAGUUCUCCCAACCUCUACCGCUUACCUUCCCGCCUCUCCCUCUCCCACUCCCUCUCUACUUGAGCCGUAAAAGAGAGUCGCCAAAAGUCCUCUCUCCUCUCACACCGCCUCCCGCCUCCACCUUUGCCGGUUAAUAGAAAAUGGGUGAAGUUCAAAUAUCGCAGGUAACUUAAGCUCAUUACGUUCGCGGUGUUAAGUGAGGGACGAGCCGCGGCAAGGUGUUAACGGCGCCACACUGCCGCGCCGCUCACCGCUUCUUGGCCAAUGAAUGUUCCUGUUUAAAUAAUUGAGUGUAUCUGCUGCUGAAAUGUAAAAUAAAUUGAAAGUAGUGAAACUAAUCAGAGAAAUCUUAAAGGAAACUACAAAACAAUGGUUGGCUUUUAUCUACUCAAUGUAUUGAGUUCAUUGUAAAUGUACUCGUUUUUUGCUAAAACACACUAAAUGAAAACAAAAAACGAUCGCUUUCUCUUCCGACGUGUUUAGCUGCAUUUUUUAUUCAAUUUUUUUUUUCUGUUAAAUUCGUGAUGUGACGAUGAUCCGGAAUUCAAAACAAAAGAAGUAUCGAAAGGGAGGUUCAGUUCAAUAGUACUCAAAGUUGGGUCUGGCGAGGCGGAGGCGGAGUGCCGUUGAGAGAGAAUCGAUGACGCGGAAAUGAACAGAAAGGAGAGCUGAGUGGAGGAAGCGUCACCUCAGAGGCUGGUGUACCUGUCCCCGUCACACGUCCUUCCUCCUCCUCCUUCCUCACUCACUCUCUAAUGAGGCUUCACACCUGCCAAAGACACACCUUUGCUCUCUCUCCAAUGAACAAUGCGGGUUUUAAAAGUAAUAAAUGUUACUUUUCAUGGCGCGACGGAAAACAUAAAGAGAAAUCUAAGCAUGAAAGGACUCGUGUUUUAAAUAAGAAUAACAACACUUUCUUAAGUUUCCUUUUGAAAGCGUUGUUUAGAAACUUUUAUACUCUCUCAAAAGACUCCGUCGAGAAAAUUUUGCUUGUAGCUUCUCUAGCGCUGGCAAGUCAGGACUGCUUAAUGCAUUUUUUUUUUCUUGCGUUUUAAAGUGGACUCUUAUCUCGAAAGUUUUUAUCUCCUUCGUCACGAUUUUUUUCUCUCACACAUUUGCCUCGCGAUCCACUAUUCAUCGACGCCCGCGGCCAACACACUUCCCAUCCCCUUCUUUCCAACAAAAUUAUCGCUCAGCAUUUUCAUUAUCUCCCCCUCUUACUCGUACACCGCCACCUGUUUUUAUGUUUAAGAAGAGUCCUGUCCCUCCGCCACUCCCUCCGCCCUGCUUCCUUUCCCCUCCAAGCUCCGCAGUGAGAGUAAAGAGGCUGGUCACGUCCCUUCACUAAUACCCUGGUCAUGGUGUCUUCUUGUCUCCAGCAAAGCAGUGUCUUAGACCAAACAUUCCCCUGAUACUACGAGGAUCUUAUAACGAAUAUCAUCUAACCGACUUAUACCCAAGGCCUCCCUUAUCCUCCAAAACCUGACUACUUACACUUAAGAGUCUUCUCCCAUUCACUCAAAAAUCUAACUUCUUCCUCCCACGCUGUUCAUUCGUACUCACCUAAUCUGUACCCGUGUAUCCCAGCGCUCCCCACGUGCUGGGCUGAGGGUGGGUUGAGGAAGGUCAUGGCGGGAGUGCUGCGUGAUCACUCCCUCGCCCGGAGCGCUAAGAUGAUUGCAAAACGUGACUUACCCAUGCGGGAGGAAAGGUGCAUGGAUGUCUGCAUAAUAACUGUAAUGAUAAUAAUAAUAAUAAUAAUAAUAAUAAUAAUAAUAAUAAUAAUAAUAAUAAUAAUAAAAUAAUAAUAAUAAUAAUAAGGUAAGUUGGAACCAGCAUCAUCUAUUCUUCCGUCGUCAACACAGUCCGAAGAAUUACAAGGUAAAGUUUUCUUAAGUGAACAACAAAAAAAAUAAAAUAAAAUUUAUGUAUGAAACACACACACACACACACACACACACACACACACACACACACACACACACAUGGAAAGCAUGCAACCCGUGGAUAGCUUCGCCAAAUGUUAUUGUGCAUCCUACAAUUAACACACUUCACGCAACACAUUUGCUAAUCCCAUGAACAUUACGUACUUCUUCCUGACGAGAUAAUUACUAAAAAUGAUAUAUAUUGUUAUAACAUUUGCAUUUUUUACGUCCUAUUGAGCCUAUGGACCAUUUCUAUCUUUUUGUUUUAUAAUAAUUGUUGAGAACCAACCAGGACAAGGCCGUGUUAUUAUCAUUAUGUUUUCCGUCUACGGCAAGAGAACAGCUACUUUACAGAAAACGGGGUUUAGUUCGGUGGACCCUUUUUUUUCUUUUUUUAGAGGCGGGACUGACCUAGCCUGGGCCGCCGCCGCCGCCGCCGCCGCCAGCACAGUAUAGAGCCUAACGUGGCCGCCUCAGUCCAGGUCCCGCCACCGCCGUCGCCGCCGCCGCCGCCCUCCGCUGCUGUCUAAUGUAGAAACGUUCUCCUCCGCUAAGACGUAGUCGCUGAGUGCAUGAAAGUGUGUAAAUACCUGUACAUUGCAAUACGAAUUACUUGUUUGUAUCUAAAUGGGCAUUUUUGGUAAUAAAUUAUUUUGAUUA